CGACAGUCGUGGCAAUAACUUUUCGUUCAACACAUCCGGACAAGCAAUCGCACAACGAUCGCCAUGUCACAUAACACAGAUCCGAGCCCUGCGCAGGGACUUGCACCUCCUCACCAGUAUGUCGAAAACGAAGGCUACGUCGACUUGGGCAGCAGCAAGCCAGCAAUGCCCGGAAGUGCCAACGAUGAUGUCGAGCAGAACGAGGACGACGACGACUACGACGACAUUUUUGCCGAUUCCGACAAUGAUCUGUCCGAUCACGACAUCUCCGCCGCCAACCCUGCCGACUACACCAAAGCAUACAAUCGACAGCGGAAGCUGAACGACAAUUCUGUGCCCGAAUCACAAAAGCCGAAGGCGAAUCCUCAACUCAACACCAAAGCAGCCGUGGAUGAUCACAUCAAGUCUCUUUCACGGCAUACCGCAAAGCUAAAGCUCAAUGAUAUGGAAGCUGGGGUGACGAAAAGUCAUGGAGGUGCAGAGAAGAGUGAUCGGGCCACAACGGAGCAAGUACUCGAUCCACGGACACGAAUGAUGAUGCUGCAAAUGUUGAACCGGAACAUAGUCUCCGAGAUCAACGGUGUUAUCUCGACGGGUAAAGAGGCCAAUGUAUACCACGCAGUCACAAUACCCCAAGAGGAAGAAGGUGGUGGCGAGGUCAAAGAGCUGAACCGAGCGAUCAAGGUCUACAAGACGAGUAUUCUCGUAUUCAAAGAUCGUGACAAGUACGUUACAGGUGAGCAUCGCUUCCGCCAUGGUUACAACAAGGGAUCAAAUCGAGCCAUGGUCAAGGUGUGGGCGGAGAAGGAGUUCAGAAAUCUGCGGAGAAUACACGCCGCUGGUAUACCCUGUCCGGAGCCAGUGUAUUUGAAGGCACACGUUCUUGUGAUGGGCUUCCUAGGAAACUCUCGCGGCUGGCCAGCGCCUCGACUACGAGAUGUCGAGUUUGACUCCUUGACCGGUACAGAAGUCGCUGCGAAGUGGAGCUCAAUAUAUAUUGAACUGCUGGGCCACAUGAGGAGGAUGUAUCAAGUUUGUCGAUUGGUGCAUGCCGAUCUCUCUGAGUACAAUCUGCUCUACCACAAACAUCGCCUGAUCGUGAUCGAUGUCAGCCAAAGUGUUGAGCCAGAUCAUCCGCGCAGUCUGGAAUUCCUAAGAAUGGACAUUAAGAACAUCUCCGACUUUUUCCGACGAAAGGGUGCCGACAUACUUUCAGAACGAGCUGUGUUCGGAUUCAUUACGAACAACUCUGGCCCCGUUGAAGAAGAAGGCAUGAAGAAGACGAUCAAUGAACUGUUCGCGAAGUCGGAGAACGAGGAGGAGACCACAGAAGUCGACAACGAAGUGUUUCGCCAGCAAUACAUACCACAAAACCUUGAACAGGUCUACGACAUCGAGCGUGACGGAGAAAGGAUGCAGCAAGGCGACUCGCUGGUCUACCAAGGCCUCCUGGCCGAGCAGAAGCCUUCUGACGCGCAGGAGAAAGAUGAGGCAGAUGUUGCGAAGGAUCACUCCGCUGAGGAUUCAGUCGACGAUGUUUCCGACUCCGACAGUGAAGACGGCUCGUACGAAGAGCGAGAGAGUGGCCCACCUCGCGGCAAGCGAUUCGAGGACAAGGACGCGAAGAAGGAGCACAAGAAGGCCGUAAAGGAGGAGAAACGAGAGAAGCGCAAGGAGAAAAUCCCCAAGCACCUGAAAAAGAAGAUGGUCAGCUCAAGUAGUCGCGGCAAGAAGUAG